AAUCCGCUCCAAAAUGGAACAAAACCCUAAGGGUUCUUGUCAGAACCAAUAGCCGCCAGAUUGAUCUCUUACAUUACUGUUCUCUCAUUCUUCCCUUAUUUGAUCUUCGUGCAUCAAUCCUCAUCCCACUAUUUUUUUUGUUCUCCUGUUUUGCCACACUUUUCUUACCUUAAUUAGGUUCCUGCUAUACUUGUUAUGGACAUGAGAUGAACAACAUAACAUGCUUUAAGAACAGUAAUUUGUUUUCAAUAAUUAUGAAAGCUAAUUCAGGCAAAAGUAAAUUCUUUCUUGAAAUCUCUGUUUUCUUGUAGAUUCUUCAGCUUUCCUGUCAGCUCCAGGAAUUACUUCGGUCCAAUAUUUAUGAAGCAGCUGAAAUUGAGCAUUUCUGAAGUUGUUUAUAUGAGUUUUAGGUUCUUAGAUGGGAAAAGCUUCGGUUUUGGGUUUGUUUUAGGGUUUAGGGUUUGAAUAUUAUUGGUUAUGAGUGGAGAUCAGUCUUGAGCUGUAUCGGGUUGAGAAUAAUUUCCAGAUGUUGAAAGUCUGAUGAUCAAUUUCAGCUUUUAAAAUGUUGUCUGAAUUGGGAAGGAGACCGAUGCUUGGCGCUAGCGAUGGGUCAUUCGGAGAUGAAUACGAGAAAGAGGUUGGGAUGUUGCUUCGCGAGCAACGUCGUCAGGAGGCCGACGAUCAUGAACGUGAACUCAAUUUGUAUAGAAGUGGAUCAGCGCCUCCGACUGUUGAGGGUUCAUUAAGUGCCGUAGGAGGCUUAUUUGGCGGCGGAGGUGCCGCCGCCGCCGCCGCCGCCCUUUCUGAGUUUUCCGGUGGUAAACAUGGAAAUGGAUUUGCGUCUGAAGAAGAGCUUAGGUCUGAUCCAGCUUAUCUUUCAUACUAUUACUCGAAUGUGAAUUUGAACCCCCGGCUUCCACCUCCGUUGCUAUCAAAGGAGGACUGGAGAUUUGCACAAAGAUUAAAAGGGGGAGCUUCUGUCGUUGGUGGAAUUGGAGAUAGGCGGAAGGUUAAUAGGGCAGAUGAUAAUGGAAGUAGAUCAUUAUUUUCAACUCCUCCAGGUUUUCACUUGCAAAAACAAGAGAGUAAGGUGGAUAAUGAAAAAUUAAGAGGCUCGGCUGAUUGGGGUGGUGAUGGGCUGAUUGGUUUGCCGGGUCUAGGACUUGGAAGCAAACAAAAGAGCCUUGCCGAGAUUUUUCAGGAUGAUUUGGAGCGUAACCCACCUGUCCAUGGCCUUCCUUCUCGUCCUUCCAGCCGUAAUGCAUUCAACGAAAAUGAUGAUAUGAUAGCUUCAGCUGAGGCUGAGCUGGCUCAUUUACGCCAUGAUUCCACAACUACUGAUGCCUUCCAGGGAUCAUCUGCAGCUCAGCAUAUUGGUCCACCAUCUUCAUAUACUUAUGCUGCUGCUCUUGGAUCUUCCUUAUCAAGAAGCACCACUCCUGAUCCGCAGCUUGUUGCUAGGGCUCCCAGUCCUUGCCCUACGCCUAUUGGAGGGGGGAGAGUUUCUGCUGCAGAGAAGAGGUGUGUUACCAGUCCUGAUGCAUUAAAUGGCGCUUCAUCUGGCAUAAGUGAGUCUGCAAAUCUGGUGGCUGCAUUGUCUAGUAUGAAUUUGUCAGCAGAUGGUGUGUUAGAUAGGGAUAACCAUUUACCCUCACAGGUUGAGUCAGAUGUUGAUAAUCACCAAAGAUAUCUAUUUGGUAUUCAAGGAAGUCAAGAUCAUGGCAAGCAACAUGUGUAUUCAAAGAAGUCUGAAUCAGGGCACUUGCAGAAAGCAACAUACUCUGAUUCUGGUAAAAGGAAUGGAAGUGGUUCUGACAUUAACUCAUCCUUGGAUAGGCAAGUUGAAUUACAGAAGUCUAAUCUUCCUUCCAGUAAUACGUAUUUCAAAGGAUCACCUACCUCUCCCUUUAGUGGUGAAGGCAGUUUUCCAGCUCAAUACCAGCCUUUAGAUAGCACAAAUUCAUCAUUUACUAAUUUUGGCCUCAGUGGCUAUGCUGGAAAUCCAGCAUCUGGAUCCCUAAUGGCUAACCAACUUGGCACUGGUAAUCUGCCACCCCUGUUUGAAAAUGUUGCUGCAGCAUCAGCAAUGGCAGCACCUGGAAUGGAAUCAAGAAUUCUUGGUGGUGGUUUGGCUUCUGGAGCUGUUGCUGCGGCUGAUGCACAUAGUCUUGGUAGAAUGGGAAAUCAAAUUGCGGGUGCUGCUCUUCAGGCUCCUUUCGUUGAUCCUAUGUAUCUUCAGUACUUGAGAACUUCUGAUUAUGCUGCAGCUCAACUUGCUGCUCUGAAUGACCCCUCCAUGGACAGGAACUACAUGGGUAAUUCUUACAUGAAUUUACUUGAGCUGCAAAAAGCCUAUCUUGGGGCUAUGCUCUCACCUCAGAAGUCACAGUACAAUGUUCCUCUGGGUAAUAAAUCCGGCGGCUCCAAUCAUCUUGGUUACUAUGCAAAUCCUGCAUUUGGUGUUGGUUUGUCUUAUCCAGGAAGUCCAAUGGCAAACUCAGUUGUAUCCACUUCUCCAGUUGGAUCUGGCAGUCCUGUGAGGCACAACGAGCUGAAUAUGCGGUUUGCUUCUGGGAUGAGGAAUUUAGCUGGGGGUGUCAUGGGACCAUGGCACCUAGAUGCUGGAGUCAACAUGGACGAAACCUUUGCUUCUUCCUUGUUAGAAGAGUUCAAAAGUAAUAAAACCAAGUGUUUUGAGCUUUCAGAGAUUUCUGGUCAUGUUGUUGAGUUCAGUGCGGAUCAAUAUGGGAGUCGAUUUAUCCAGCAAAAACUGGAACAAGCAACUACAGAAGAAAAAAACAUGGUUUAUCAGGAAAUUAUGCCUCAUGCUCUGGCUUUGAUGACUGAUGUCUUUGGUAAUUAUGUGGUUCAGAAGUUUUUUGAGCAUGGACUUGCACCUCAGAGAAGAGAAUUAGCUAACAAGCUUUUUGGCCACGUUCUGACCCUUAGCCUUCAAAUGUAUGGUUGUCGGGUGAUCCAAAAGGCCAUAGAAGUUGUUGAUCUGGAUCAGAAGAUAAAAAUGGUUCAAGAGCUUGAUGGUAAUGUUAUGCGCUGUGUUCGUGAUCAGAAUGGAAACCAUGUCAUUCAGAAGUGUAUAGAAUAUGUCCCCGAAGAUGCAAUUCACUUCAUUGUCUCGACCUUUUUUGAUCAAGUUGUGACACUUUCAACCCAUCCAUAUGGUUGCCGGGUUAUACAGAGAGUACUGGAGCACUGCAAAGAUGCUAAGACACAACAAAAAGUUAUGGAUGAGAUUUUGAGAGCUGUUAGCAUGUUAGCUCAGGAUCAGUAUGGCAAUUACGUUGUUCAGCAUGUGCUAGAACAUGGGAAGCCUCAUGAGCGUUCAGCGAUUAUAAAGGAAUUAGCUGGCAAGAUAGUUCAAAUGAGUCAACAGAAGUUUGCCUCCAACGUCGUUGAGAAGUGUUUGACAUUUGGAGAUUCUUCUGAACGCCAGUUACUAGUGAAUGAGAUGCUUGGCUCCACGGAUGAAAAUGAGCCCCUUCAGGCGAUGAUGAAAGAUCAAUUUGCAAAUUAUGUUGUACAAAAGGUGCUGGAGACUUGUGAUGACCAGCAACGUGAGCUGAUUCUUUCGCGAAUCAAGGUUCAUUUGAAUGCUUUGAAGAAGUACACUUAUGGAAAGCAUAUUGUUGCACGUGUAGAGAAACUAGUUGCUGCUGGAGAAAGGAGGAUUGCUGCUCAGUCUCCUCAUCCUCCUUAGGGCGCAUAUAAAGAGAAGGUUGUUUGUACAGCUAACUGGGGCGAGUGUGGGCUUUUCCUGCAUCUAGAAGAGGUGAUGAAAAACCUAUCUUCUGUUGAGAUAGGCAAUAAAGUUGUCAGUUGUAAUGAAGAACUGUACAUUUUGUAGUGUUAAGUUUAUACGUAUAAAUUAAGCGGAAUGGGUUCCAGAUGCCUGAACACAGCUGAUGCGCCUGCAGAGUAGAUCAAAUAACUAUACGAAGGACUUUUAAGGUUGUAGAGAUUAUAAAGAUGCUGAGCUAGGUUUUUUAAGUUGACGUGACUGUACAAAAAUGUUGCCUUGUGGAGAGCUGUUCAUGUUUAGGCCCAUUAAUUGAGGAAGGAUUUUUCUUGUUAUGCUU